UGCCAUCAAGCUGUCCUGUUCUGUGUAACCCAGAGUCUUGCAUGGUUUGAAUUUUACACAGCUGCCCGAAGUCAAGAUCUGGUUCCUUGUACAACCUGUGGAAGACAAUUUGCACAAGAUGUUCUGCUGAGACAUGACCCAAUAUGCAAGAAAGUCUUCAACAAGAAGCGCAAGCCCUUCAGCUCUUUGAAACAGAGACUGCAGGGAACAGACAUCACUGUGAAGAAGCAGCCCCCGCAGAAGAAACAGCCAGGGAAGAAAUCUAACUGGAGGCAGCAACAUGAGGAUUUUAUUAAUACUAUUCGAUCAGCCAAGCAGGUCACAAAGGCUCUGAAGGAGGGCCGCCCCCUUCCCCUCCCCCACCAAGCAUCAAUCCAGAUGACGGCGGUGCAGUAUAAGCAGCAGGACACAUCUUCCUUCCUUGACUAUAUUCAGUGCCCACACUGCUCACGAAGAUUUAAUGAGGCUGCAGCACAGAGGCACAUAAAGUUUUGUGAAGAACAAGCUGCCCGCCGUGCUUUUGUUGCAAAGACCACCAGAAAGGAUUUGGGCAAGCAACCCAUGACUCAGAGAAAACCUCCAACCUUAAACACUGCUGUGUUACCACCGCAGAAGAGAGUACAAGAAGGUGUCAAUAAAGAUGAACCUAAGCCAGAGGCUUCUCCAGGAAUACUGCAGAAAACCAGAAAGUCUUUGGGUGUAUCUACUGGAAAAAAAUCUUAGGGAGAGUUUGGUGUUUUCCAGUCCCAAGCUUCUGGAGAAAGCUCAAAUGAAG